CAGCUCAGUUGCCCAUCGCCGCGACGACGACACGGUUGCGCCACACGACACGACAGUCAGACGUUUUGCCGUACCGGGGCACACUAUUCCGAGAGUAAACACACGUUGGCUUCUCUUUCUCUCUCUCUCUCUUUUUCUCCUUCUCUUUCUCUCUCUCUCAUUCUGUCUCUUUCUCUCUCUCUCUCUCUUUCUCUCUCCUCUCUCUCUCUCUCUCUCUGAUCUAACACGCAGCUCGAUUCGUACGUGGGAUCGAAUUUCCGAGGGGGCCGGCACACAGUGAGGAGAUCCAGCCGUCAGACACGACCCACUCGUGGGAACUCGCCGCGCGAAUCCACGUAGUUUACUACUUGUCUGACCUUCGAGUAGUCGCGGUGGUGCUGUCAGUGAAGCCUGGCUUCGGUGAGUCCGGCGACUCGUCGCGACGUUUCCAGUGCACGAUUUUUGGAGAAACUCGGGGGGGGAACGACUCGGGAGGACUCGAAGCUUGAACAGAGUGCGAGACGUUGACGAAAGGAGUAUGAAAAGAGAGUCAGAAUUAGUCGCUGGACGUUGUUCGUGACUCGUUUCGUAUGAGGUACCGACGGGAGAGUUUCAGUGCACGAGUGCCUUUCCAGUUCAGUAAGGGAUUAACCAGAGGCGAGGAAGACUCCGUUGUGUCCUUGAAAUUCAAUCCCCAGGCGAGAGAAGAAUGAAAGAGAGCGGUUCUACGAAUUUCCAUGCGCAUCGCUGAGGUCCAAGCCAGAGUUUUAUUUCGGUGGCGAGGAACAAUGAGAGCAAACCCAUCGCGUACUAUCUGGAGCAUUGAAUAGAACUCCUCAACGGAGAUAAGGUUCUAAUUGUCUUCGAAGGAGGAGGAACGAGUUUGGUUCAGUGAACGAGUCUACCCCGGUUGGUACACUCGCAGAAGCGAUGAACGCAGGAAACCGUACCUGAUCACAACGAAACCAUCAUUCAACGAAGAGACUAGACGAAAGUGUGAGGUUAAUGCGCAUAGUUUCUAGACAGUAGAUGUGUCAUAGUGUGAAAAGAAACACGGGGUAAUAACGGUCGCGACGAAAAUAGGAGCCGAUUUGUAUCGCCGAGUCGUCGUUCAGGUUGCCGUCGCUUGCUGAAAAGCUGCCCGGGGUUUCUUCGCUCGACGGUUCGCUGGCUUCUACCAUUACAACGAAGAUAAGUUAAAAACACGUUACGCUAAUCACCCAAAUAGUUUCCCCCCGCAAUCGACAAACACUUAUUUUCGACGCGUUUUCGAUAAUGGAGAUCUAUGAAAAUACUUAGGGCCGCCAACAGGUCCAUCCAGUCGGUUUCUUCAUUCUCGCGUACAUGAACGAGUACGUUUUCGUAUAUCUUCUUACGAAAUCCACUGGACUGCUCAAUUAGCAAUUGCUUCACAGCGAGCCUAUACUAAGAAUCAACUCCUAGCGUUCUCCGAGUUGCUACAGCUAUUGAAAAAACGAUGCGGCCGCUUGUUGGAAACCGUCGGAUCUCGAACAAGCGUUAUGCCAAGGCCUAGCAACGAUAAUAUCUUCGUUCUUUUCUAUUCGUUCUUUUGACUGUAAAAAAAAAGGAAAAGAAAAGAAAAGAAAACAAAGGAAAAUCAUUUUACGAUUUUUAAAAUCACCUGCAAUCAUCGAGUACAGAGCAGAGAACAAAGCCCAACGAACACCUUCCCGUUCCCGAGAGUACUCGACAGCGAAAUCGCUUCUAAACAAAGUUCCUAGGAAUCAAGACGUUACCUCGAGCAGAGACGAAGAAAGAGCAACGACAAACCGAGUAGGCGAAACGAGCAACGAUCUUCUUCAAAAACUUAUCCUUUCAACGAGCCUUCGCUGACCUGAACAUGCGCUCUUUCACCGACUGACGGGAGAAAACCCGCGAAACGAUCGGAAAACGCGUGGAACAUUAACGAUAACGUAACCGAGAGAGAAGAAUGUCGUUGUUGUUUUGAACCGAGUCAGUUGGAAUCGAGAGAAACGCAAAAAUGCCACAGCGAUCGCCGUUCGCGAUCCAGGAGCUGCUGGGGCUGAACGGUGCCGGAAACGGAAGCGGUACCGAUCGCGGCUCACCGCAAGGAUCACCACCGGCCGGCGUCUCCGCCGUUUCUUACGCGCCCACGGCGCCUCAUCACAAGUUAUGGGACUACAUGCCUAGCCUGACGAAUCAUCUGGGCAAUCUGGGGAAUCUUGGGAAUCUGGGCAACCUCACGGCCUCGCGGAUGGCCUAUCUGAAUGCGCAGGCGGCCGUCGCCGCUGCCUUCCUGCCGCCGCCCCACCCCCACCCUGCACACCAUGUACCGCAUCAUCAGGUACAUCAACCGGGACAACUUCCGGCCUCACCGGCCGGUGUCAACGUGCAUCCGGGUGCACACGCGCAGCACGUACUUCCGGGUACCGCAGUCACCGCGAACCAUCAUCAGCACAGUCCGACUCAGCACACGCCACCCCAUGGUUUCUCUCAAUCGAAGAGUUCGUUCUCAAAUACCAGUCCAGGUGUCGGGCACAAUAUAGAAUCCGGGAAAGAUUUCACGGUCGACGGUCUCUCUGGUUUCAGUAAAAAGAAGAAGAAGAAACGCCGUCAUAGGACGAUCUUCACGUCACAGCAGCUGGAGGAGCUGGAGGCAGCCUUCAAGGAAGCCCAUUAUCCUGACGUGUAUGCUCGCGAGAUGCUCAGCCUUCGGACCGAUCUGCCCGAAGACAGGAUACAGGUCUGGUUCCAAAAUCGGAGAGCAAAAUGGCGUAAAACCGAGAAGUGUUGGGGCAGAAGUACCAUAAUGGCGGAGUACGGCCUGUACGGAGCAAUGGUGCGACACUCUUUGCCUCUCCCAGAGACUAUACUGAAAAGUGCCAAGGAGAACGAAUCGGUGGCGCCAUGGUUGCUAGCUCAAUCAUCUAAGACGAGCAGCUUUAGUCAAGAUAUCGAAAAUAAUCAAGAACUGAUUGACUGUGGCCCCGCAGGGAUGCACCGGAAGUCAAUCGAAGCAGCGGAACACCUCAAGUCCGGCGGCGAGGACAGCGGAAAUGAUCACAAUGGAAGCGGAAGCAGCCCCCAUCAUAAUCAUCAUCAAGGUGGACCGACCAGCUCCGAGAGCGGACAAGAAAGUCAGGAUGGCAUGGGGCCUUCUUCGUCGUCAGGAAUCGUUCAGGAUACGGAGCAGCUAAGGAACGAGAGUAUCGCCUGCUUGAGGGCGAAAGCGCAGCAGCACCAGCUGCAGUUAAGUCUACAACCCACGGCUGCGCCCACCAGCACCUCGUACCCUGCAGGACCGCCGUCGAGCACGCUCCACGCCUCUGUUUAAUCAACGUUUCGACAUUCCUUUCACGAAUCAUCGAAACUAGAAGACGUUCAAUACUUCGAGAACAGCUACACGUUCGAACUUUAAACGCUGCGUUUCCAGCCAGAAAUUUCCCGAAUCAUCAUCAUCCACGCGAUUGAGUUUCAAAAGAUGGAUGCUUUUCGAAGAGAUUGUCUUAAGCGAGAACUAAUCGCUAAUCGCUCGACACCAAAAAAUUAUUCGUCUCUUCUUUAGGUCGCAACAACACUUGCGACAUCAAAGUACCGAGUCUAAUUUCGACGAAUCAGGGUAAACGUUUAUAAAGAUACCUGUACCAAGGACUGUAUAGACGAAGCAUACCACACACAUUUAUACACACAACGAAUAUAAAUCGUUUACGUUCGAACGAUCGUCACACGAUCGAGCUAAAUCACACACGUACACACAAGCACACAAAUUCACACGCAUACACAUCGAAGCGCUGAUCGAUGUCGCGCAGAGCCUACGCAAUUCUCGUGUUUCGCGUAUCACCUUCGAACGAAUCGACAAUAAGAGGAACUGUCGAUCACGAAGGGGACGAACAACGAGAAUUACUUCGAGUCGGUCCUCAUUCAACGAAACGGUGGCCUAUGGACGGCCAAGUACAAUGACGAAUCAUCGAUCGCGGUGUGACAAAGCUCGCUUCCAACGUCGACAACGACUCGUUCUCGCGAUUCGCUGCGUUCCUCGGAGGGGGCACGCCUCGAAACUCUGCCUCUCGUGUCGAUGAUCGAGAGUGAAAGAAAUCAUCGUCGGGACUCGACGGGCAACUUGUUGCAGAUAGCUGUCUGCGCGAGCGAGUCGCAGACGAAUCGACGCCAAGUGGGAGGCGAACAACUAAUUAAGAGUUAUAGCCGCUUUAAAUAGUGCGAGUAUAAAUAAUAUACAUAUGUAUGGCGAAGCGCGUGUGUGUGAUGCAUCGCGACAGUGAGACAGAGAGAGUGUGAGAGAGAAAGAGAGAGAGAGAGAGAGAAAGAGGAAGAAAGCGAGAAAGUGAGCACGUAAGAGUAUGCCUGCGUAUAUCUUGAAACGAACAUUUCGCCUUUAGGGAAUCACCGAACGAUUUGCAACGAACAACAAGCUAAAUAAAUUAUCGUGACAAGUGAGACGAGUUUACGAAUAAUAAAAAUCACCAGACACAUCGAACUUCGACCUCGAACACGCCUUCUGUGACGUUGCAUCGAAGCGAUAUUCUUUCCAGUUCGCGAGAAGUUGGAAAAUCGCGCGAAAACUCGCGACAGAUGCCACAACUGCGGAUUAAUUGAUCAUAAAAGCGUACGUGAUGAGAGUUAGAUGUAUGUUAGAGAGAAAGAGAGAGAGAGAGAAAGAGAUUCUCCGGAUAACGCUCUGUGUAUGUGCGUGCGUGAGAGAGAGAGAGAG